AUGGGUUUGCUCUCGCUAGGAACCCCGUUGGACUGGCACGAGUCGAAGCAGUACAACGAGCAUGUCCGGGAGAAUGGAAUAAUACAACUCAUCAACAUAUUUAAGCAGCAUGGGAGCCGUCAAAACGAUGUUUUUUACUGGGGCGAUGAGGUUGAAUACAUGCUUGUCGAUAUGGACGACGCCAGCAAGACUGCCAAGCUCUCUAUCGAUAAGGAUUACAUUUUGCUGGACUUGAACGAUCCGGAAAAACCAAAGUCGUACCAAAAGUGUGUUGCUAACAAUAUUCUGUUUCAUCCAGAAUACGGUCGUUAUAUGAUAGAAGCAACACCUUUACGACCAUAUCAUGGCGACCGGAUUCGUGACUAUCUUUCUGUGGAGGAAAACAUGGCUAGAAGACGCUUGGUUAGUCAGUCGGAACUUCCUUCUCAUAUCAAACCAUUGACGUUGACUGCGUUUCCUAGAAUGGGUUGCCCUGAAUUCACUUCUCCAGCAACAAAGCCCAUUGGUCCUGCGUCCCAGUCUUUAUUUCUCCCCGACGAGAUUAUCAAUCGUCAUGUUAGAUUUCCCACUUUGACAGCAAACAUUCGUAAAAGAAGAGGCAGUAAAGUGGCCAUCAACUUGCCUAUUUAUCCCGACAGAAAUACAAAAUUGUUGGACGAUUCAAUUCCUCGUGAUCGUGAUUUGUUCCCGUCAGACAGGGAACCAUCCCUUGGUGCUGCGAGACCUGGUCAUGUCUAUAUGGACUCUAUGGGAUUUGGAAUGGGAUCUUCUUGUUUGCAGGUCACCGUUCAAGCCAAAGAUAUUGACGAGGCACGUUUUCUCUAUGAUUCGUUGGCUGCCUGGACUCCUAUUUUGCUUGCUUUAAGUGCAGCGGCGCCGGUUUUCAAAGGUUACUUGGUGAACCAGGAUGUAAGAUGGAACGUUAUCAGCGGAGCUGUCGACGACAGAACAUUUUUGGAACGUGAUGUGGACCCAUAUCCAGGAUACGAUCUCGUUGGUGGAUUGGACGUUCCUGAAGAGGUGAGAGACCAUAUGCGGUUAUUGGGCGGAGUUCGGGGUGUCAAUGGUGACAGAGUGAUCAACAAGAAUGGCGAUACAAAGGUUUAUACUAAUCAGGGCCGUCCGUUACAAAAGAUCCCAAAAUCACGUUACGACUCCAUUGACAAUUACCUCGGUGACACCACUUAUCUGAAAAAGAAACCUUAUUUCAAAGAUGAGUACAACGAUAUCAAUUCGCCCAUCAACAAAAAAGUGUACGACCAGUUGGUGAAUACUCCGUACUUUGACGACAAACUAGCCACUCAUUUUGCCCACUUGUUCAUUCGUGAUCCACUCGUCAUCUUCUCGGAGAGAUUGGACCAGGACAACGAGCUCAGCAAUGACCAUUUUGAAAAUCUUCAGUCUACAAAUUGGCAAACCUUAAGGUUCAAGCCGCCGGCCUUAUACCCCAAAGAUCUUUCGGAGGAAGCUUUGGCCGAGACUCCGGGCUGGAGAGUCGAGUUUCGACCUUUGGAAAUCCAACUCAGUGACUUUGAGAACGCUGCCUACUCGGUGUUCAUCACGUUGCUUUCCAGGGUGAUUCUCAAAUACCUGCCCGAUUUCUACAUUCCAAUUCUGAAAAUCGACGAGAACAUGGCCACAGCGCAUAAGGUGGAUGCCGUGUUGAAGGACAAGUUCUGGUUCAAGUCGUUUGAUCUGUGGAACCUUGAUCUCAGCGAAUUUGUUGGCUAUGAUUUGAGUUGGUUCGAUCGGUUUAUCAACCACGGCAACGACGAUUUGGCUGCGGACGAGGUGUACGUGAAGGGUUAUAGUGAGCGAGCUGUUAGACGUUUUUCGAACGACUUUGAACCCGCUUAUGAAACAUGUCAAGGUUUCAACGAGAGCAAAGUACCAAUCAGAGAACUCAUCAAUGGCAAUUCACUGUUUCCUGGAAUCCUUCGAAUCAUCAUCAAGUACAUUGCGACAGACCUCUUGUCGGCUGAAACCAACCAUCACUGCCUGACAAAGGAACUUGCGCUCAAAAUGCUUCGUCUUCAAAGUUACUUGCGAUUGAUUUCGUACCGAGCAUCUGGCAAGAUUCCCACUACAGCCCAUUGGCUCCGAGAACAGGUGCUCAAGCACCCAGAGUACAAGCGUGAUUCCAAGAUAUCCAGCCGUAUAAACUACGACAUAAUCAAGGAAAGUACUAGAGUGUCGCAGCUCGAACCAGACAUUCUAGAAGAGUUUUUUGGAAGCACCAUUUCCGAGUAUCUCAUGGGAACGGGAGCUAAAGAGUAUGAUAUGGCUAACGGCGUAGCCCACUAA